CUUUCAUUCCACUCGAGCGGUUCGAGAAAACAAUAAUGCAGCAACUCUCGAGAUUAUAAGUCAGACUACUUGGUAAAAGUAAACACUGAAUGUAACAUGCUGAAGAAUAGAAUCAAGAUAAAAGUCGAAGAUAUUCUCUGAAUCAACCGUUUGUAAUAUUAAAAAAUUUGAGUUAGUCAACGCUGCAAGUCUGUGAUAACCUUAUUACAAUGAAUUCUGAUGACAACUCAUCCUCCUUUGUACGAAAGAGGACGUCUUUCAAAAUAGAUGAACUUAUCAAAAGAGACGAUAAAUCGGAACAGAUUUCAUCAUCAAACAACCAACCCUGUGACGAAGUGGCCUUGAAUUUGACAACAAAAUCGGGGAUUUUUCAAAAGGACGACCCGAACAACAACGAAACCGAAAAGCAAAGUAAGGGAAAUUUUCCGGGUGAAGUUGCGCUGCCAAAGACAUCGUUUUCCGCGACAGAUCUAAGAUCGCCAAGUGGGCAAAGUGUUAACUCGCCUUCAGAUAGUGGUUACGGAAGCGAAAGCCCAAGUCCACAACAACCGUUCGUUCAAAACACCGCUUUCCCAAUGUUCAGAAAUCCCCUGCCUUCAACAGCACCUUGGGGAUCAGAUGACAGCGGACGAAAACCUUUUUCAACUCCAGCUGCUUCAAAUCCACCGUUGCCUUCCAUGUAUCAGAAUCUUCUUUACAACAUGAAUUCCCAUUUCCUUGCUCGCGCACAAGAAGAGCUUGAAAACUCAAAAUCUGCAAAGCGAAGCCCUGAUAUGAAUAUUAAGAAAGAAAGAAACUCUAUAUCUUGCGAAAGGAAAUUUUCCAACGAUUCUUCACGCGAAAUCGAAAGAGGAAUGAAUUUGACGAAGUCGCCGAAAGUGCAAUCUCCAUCUCAAAUGUCCCCUUCGCAAUCAGAAAUGUGGAACUUACUAACUAGGAAGGGGGCCAAUUUAGAUGCACAACGUGACCUUGCUCAACACGUCCCCGCGUUCAACAAUAACAAUGGUAAUGUCCCGUGUUUUUCUCAAUUCAUGCCGCCAUUCUGGGGAUCUCAAGUUCCAACACCCUGUCCAUACAUGAUGGCAUCGCCUUACAUGAGAAACGUUUACGGAGAACAAUGUCGCCUUAUGCUAGCCGCGUACUCUCUUCUGGCAAGAGGAGGAAAAGACGCACAAGUUCCACACAACAAUUUUCGGACGAAUCCUAUCGUUCCAAAUCCAUCAAAAACUCGCGAAACAGCACCGUUUCCGAGUCCAUUUCCGUACCAUGACCAGCUCAAUAUUGCUGAACAACUUCGAAGAAGCAGUUCUGAUUUGUGCGCAGAUAAAAGUCAAGAAUCAAUGAAAAUUCCUCAAUCGCCUUACUCAAUGCCUACUCUCGUGGAACCACGAAGCUCAACUUCAAAACUUCGCAAAAGAAGCCCAAACUCUGGAUAUCGGUCUCUGCCUUACCCUCUUCGUAAAGAAAACGGAAAAAUUGUUUAUGAAUGCAAUGUGUGCUCAAGAAGAUUUGGACAACUGUCAAAUUUGAAGGUCCAUCUACGCGUUCACACUGGUGAAAGACCUUUCAAAUGCGAAACUUGUACGAAGGCUUUCACACAACUUGCACAUUUGCAAAAACACAAUCUUGUUCACACCGGUGAAAAGCCCUAUGAAUGUGAAGACUGUCACAAACGUUUCAGCUCUUCCAGUAAUUUAAAGACACACAGACGAUUACAUAGUGGAGACAAACCAUACAUGUGCAAGUUUUGCCCUGCUAAGUUCACUCAACAAAUUCAUCUGAAAACGCACCACUGUACACCUGCCGAUGGUAACUGCAACAAUCCGCCGAGUUUAACGAUGUUCGAUCCCCGCGAAGUUCCUUAUCAUCAUCGAUCUCUUCUUUUGCCCAACCGUCUUUACCAACAACACGUCCAAGGCGUGAAUCAUCCAUUUAUGCCUCUUCAUUCACCACCAAAGUCUAGCCUGAAUUUUGAAAAUUCGUCGUUUUGUCAAUCAGAAAAGAACGAAAGUGUGAAUAUUCCAAGAUGGCUUCUCCCGGAAAACAUGACAUCGCAACGAUUAUCGAAAUCGACAAGCGAGUAAAGCUAAUUAGCAGCCAUUUCUAUCUAUAAUUUUGAACGAGUGGCUUUUUCAUUUCUGAAUUUACCCUUGUAUAUAUUUUCCCCAUUAUGAGAUUAUCACACAUAUAGUUCAAACAUUAGAAAAGAACAUUUAAAAAGGCCUUUCUAUCGGCCAUAAUAUACAUAUAAAUUUAUUAUUUACUGUUAUUGUUUAUUUUUUUGUUCCUUUUUUGAACCCAAUAGCCACUGUAAAAUUGCUGCGCUACAAUUUUCUGGAUGAAAAUCAUAAAGUGUGGGCUAAUCGUUUUUUUUUUCUAAUUAAUUGCAAAAUGGACAUUUUUGUUACGAUAUUUUUGUUUCGCAAAAUCUUCUUUUCUGUGGAGCUGACAGGAUGUACGUUUAUCUUCAAUUAUUGAGUGGCUUUUUCAAUAUUAAUAUUCUCAUUUAUUCUUUUCGUUUUCCAAUACACGGAAAUUGCAAAAUGA